AUGCAGCAGCCCAAAAAUGUCAUUAAAGGCAAAGGCCUUAAAAAGAAGAAGAAGAUCAACUUGAGGUUCACCGUUGAUUGCACUCAUCCUGUAGAAGAUAACAUUAUGGAUGUUGCUAGUUUUGAAAAAUAUUUGCAAGGUAGAAUCAAAGUAAAUGGUAAAACGAAUAAUUUGGGUAAAGAUGUAACUCUUGAAAGAAACAAAAAUAGCGUUACAAUUGUAAGUGACAUACCUUUUUCAAAGAGAUAUUUUAAAUAUUUGACCAAAAAAUAUUUGAAAAAGCAUAAUUUAAGAGAUUGGCUUAGAGUUGUUUCAAGUUCGAAAGAAACAUAUGAACUUCGUUAUUUCCAAAUUAACUCUGAACAAGAUGGAGAUGAUGAUGAUAACGAAUAA